GAAUGAAAGUCUUGUAAACGUGGUGAAAUAUAUAUCGAACUGUCGAAAUCUGACAGCAGCUGCAGAUCAUGGCCACUUACGCUGAAGAAGAAAGUGGACCAGACGAAAUAGACAAUUUCAAACCAAUCUUUAAAAAAUACAAAAGGAGAGAUCGUCCGCUCGAUGUUUCAGACGUCAUUGAUUUUGACAAAGGAAACAAUUUGGAUAAGGUUGAAAAGUUCAAGUUGGAGGAUACAGGUCAAUCUCUUUUAACAGGUCUGAAACCUGUGUGCGAAUGGAAAGCAUAUUGUCUCAAAUCUAAUCCAGGCUUCCUGUUCAUAGUCAACCCGUUUGAUAAUGGGUACCAGAGGUACUGGGUGUCUCGCUGUGUGAAGGAUUAUCCAUGUCGACCCAAUGUCAGAAACUUAGAUGCUUACAUGGAUGUGGGGGAUGUCAACAUUUGGGACACUGCUAUUAGCACACACAAAGAUGACAUAACCGACAAGGAGAGCCUGAUGAUGAAGCUGCGUUGGGUAACCAUGGGAUACCACUACCACUGGGGCACAAAGAAAUACUACAAAGACAGUAAAGCUCCAUUCCAAGAAGAUAUGUCACGCUUGGGUCGCUACGUAGCCAGUGCCAUCGGAUACCCCAAGUUCUCCCCAGAGGCUGCUGUCCUCAACUACUAUCACCUGGACUCGUCCCUCAGCGGCCACACAGAUCACUCCGAGUUUGACCAUUCUGCACCACUCAUAUCCUUCAGUUUCGGACAAGAUGCCAUAUUUCUGAUAGGAGGAGAGACGAAGGAGACGGAGCCGAGUGCUGUGUUUUUACGGAGUGGGGACAUUUGUGUGAUGAGUGCCUCGGCCAGACUUGUUUAUCACGCUGUUCCGCGAAUAAUGGAGACAGAUCCACAGAGAAACCACAGGUGUUUCGACCUAUCAGACAUCAAGCUCGAUUCGGAGAGCUGUACAUCGGCUAGUUGUGAUUCGGCUGCACACAGACACGUUGUAGAAAGACUACAUAGUAAUGAUUGGGACCUGAUGUCAAAGUAUCUAAGCCAAACACGAAUUAACUUUAACAUAAGACAGGUCCUUGUGCCGGACCGAGAGUUCCCGGCAGAGACUUGAGUAGUGAAUCGUCAUUUUAAUAUAUAUUUAAAAUAAAAAAUCAAGGCCAAAUAAAAAAGGAUCUGUCUCUGUUUCAAAAAUAAGGGAAGGUGUUAGUAGAUAGUUUGUGUUUCAGUAGACUUCUGUAUUUAAAAUGGAGCUUCACUAGCUAAAAAUGUAAAGGACCAAUUUAUUUCAGGUUGAUAUAUAGAAAUAUAUAAGUGAAAGUACAGGUAGUAGGCGACAGAUUGUUUUUUAUUUGGCCUAAAAACCUACAUUGUCUUUCCCAUUAAAGUGUAUAUAACAUGUACAAUGUGUAUGUCCAUCACAUAUGGAUUUUAUUUCUUAUUUUGUAAACGAAAUUCAACAGAAA